AUGGCGGGCGGGGAUUACCUGGCUGUCCCCAACGAGACCCUGGGCCGCUACGCCUACGGUGGCCCCGAGGGUGGCCGCGGGCUCCGGCUGUGCCAGCGCUUCUUCCGCAGGGGGGACAUCGACCCCGGCAACGACACCUUCGACAUCGACCCCAGCGUGGUCACCGAGCCUUUGCCCGGGGGGGGGGGAGGUGACACCAUGGCCACCCCCCCGGCCCGCACUGUCCUUGUCACCGGCUGCUCCUCGGGCAUCGGCCUGGCCGUGGCCGUGCAGCUCGCCAGGGACCCCCAGAAGCGAUACCUGGUCCUGGCCACCAUGCGGGACCUGUCGCGCCGGGGGCCGCUGGAGGCCGCGGCCGGUGCCACCCUCGGGGACACGCUGCGGAUCCUGCGCCUCGAUGUCACCAGCGACAGCUCCGUGGCCGAGUGCCUGGCGGGGGUCCCGGGGGGGCGCGUGGACGUCGUGG